CUCCAGGACACAGGGGGGCAGCACCGUCGAGACACUUUAACUUCUGUCCCACCUUCUCCACGAACAUGGCGGCUCCCAUGACACUCAGGCGAGAAUUAUGCUCUCUGGCAAGGAUAUUUCGUGGAAUCUCGCGCUUGGGGCCGAGAGCUUCGGCCGCAUGUUCAGGUCACAGCAAAUGUAACAUUAUCAGGUCCCAUCUCCCACUGACAUCCAGCACUUUCUUCCACACAGCAACAGUGCUCCCGUCAACACCUUCAUCAAUCACCGUCACAGAAGAGCCCGACGUGCUGUAUCAGAAGGUGUCGAUAAUGGUGAAAGGUCACGACAGAGCCGUGCUGGACAGCUAUGAGUUUUUUGCCUCCAUGGCAGCUAAAGAACUGGGUAUCACCAUCAGCAACGUCUCUGAACCUCCCAAGGUGAUGGAGAGGCUCACACUCCUGAAGUCCAUUCACAUCUACAAAAAACACAGGGUUCAGUAUGAGAUGAGGACACACUAUCGAUGUAUUGAGCUGGUUCAUAUAACAGGCUGCACAGCACAAGUAUACCUAGAAUACAUCCAGAGGAACCUCCCUGAAGGUGUAGCCAUGGAGGUAACAAAGACUGCCAUGGAGAAGAUUCCAGAUCACAUCCUUGAACCAAUGUGGAAGGACCAUCCCAUUGAUGACAAGCCCAGUCAGUGAAUUCAGUGAUGAGCAGCAGAUAUUUGGUUGUCCUGGACUCAUGGAAGUGCUCAACAUAAAGAUUUCAGCAAUAUUAUAAACACAGACUUGAAAAUAACAGAAAAAAGGCCAUAUAAAGAACUUGGUCAUUAUGUCAACAUGUAACCUGUCUUUUCUGAGGCAGCAAUGUGGAGUUAGUUGUAUGUUGUGUUUUUCUUUUUUCGAUAAAAUAAAUCCAACAUUUGAUGUCAACUGAAC